CGGGACCGACCGCUCGCGCCCGGCGCGCUGAGGAGGCCGCUGGGCGGGCGCCGUGGUCGGGCUUCCGUACCCCGCCCGCCCCUGGCCUCCGCCCUCGCAGAAUGCCGCGGCGUCUUCCGGGGCCUGGCGGGCCGGGGACCCAGGGGACGGGGAGGUGACCCGGCGGGGGCGGAGCCAGCGGGCGGGCGCGGCGCGGGAGGCGACCAUGCGCGGCGUGGGGGCGAUCCUGCGGCCGGCGGCGCGUGGCGCCCGGGACCUGAACCCGCGGCGGGACAUCUCCUCCUGGCUGGCCCGGUGGUUCCCUAGAACCCCAGCCAGGUCCGUGGUGGCCCUGAAGACCCCCAUCAAGGUGGAGCUGGUGGCAGGGAAAACCUACAGGUGGUGUGUGUGUGGCCGCAGCAAGAAGCAGCCCUUCUGUGACGGCUCCCACUUCUUCCAACGCACUGGCCUAUCUCCACUCAAGUUCAAGGCCCAAGAGACCCGCAUGGUGGCACUCUGUACCUGCAAGGCCACUCAGAGGCCCCCGUACUGCGAUGGCACCCACAGGAGUGAGCGCGUGCAGAAGGCAGAAGUGGGCUCCCCACUCUGAGGGGGCUGCUGCUGUCCAGCCACAGGUGGCCUUGGCUCCAGGCCUCUGACAGGCACCCCCUUCUGUGGGAAAGGAAACAGGUGCUGAGCCCAAGAGAUUCUGGUACCCACUGCUGGCUCAUGAAGGAAGAAUUAUUCCUUAUAACCUAAAAGUCUCCAGUCUGGGGCAGGCGGGAGUGGGCCCUGGUUCAAUGUUUGCUGAUGGGGAAGACGGCAAAAACAAGCCUGCCCAACCAGACUGGUAGUCCUGCAGUCACUGCUAUGAGGCCCAUGUGCUGCCUCCUGCUCCAGAUUUUAACCUCUCUGUGGGCUGGGGGCACCUGACCAGCCACAGGAGAGGGCAGUUCAGAUUCAUUCUGUAUGGGGUCCCCAAGCCAGGCUAAACCCAGAGAUGAGAGGCACCCUUCCCUUCUUCCCUCCACCCCAAAGAACUACAGGCUCCAGAAAGUAUGCAGCAUUUAUUACAAAGCCAAGAGAUACAGAUGUCCCAGGGCAAAGGAGGGUACAGUCACAGGACCUCAGACACAGGACAAGGUGCAAACACAGACAAGCCCAUCAGGGGGCUCCCAACCCCACACACCUAGGCUAUGAUGGAAUCUCGAGUCUCGACUCCCAACUCCUCUCAGAUCUAUGCACACUUGAGGAAAUCUCGGUGGGCAGCGACCUGCCAGGGUCUGUCCCUAAGGAGGUGGUCCGCUGACCUCUCAAGGGGUGGGGGUGGGGUCAGAGCUUACAGGUUUCUGUCUUCUUGUGCUUUUAGAUGCAGUUGCUCUGUCCUGACCAGGUGACCGGGCCUCAGCUGGGGGUGGAGGGGCAAUUGGAAGGCUGUUUGCCUUUGGCAAAGUCUGGGGUCUGUGCUUGUGUGAGGUUAACCCACCCCCACUUCCACUCUAGGCCCCAGGUGAGACUCCACCACCAGUCCUGCUAGUGAGGGUUCCCCAGUGAGGGUAAGGUCGGUGGGGGUGCAGCGCUUCACAAUGCUAAAGCCUUAGCCCUCCUCCAAGGGCUGAGACCUCUCAGGGUCUGAAUCUUCCUUUCCACAAGAUAAAUGAUGCAAAGGCCACACACACAGGAAAAAAAAAAAAAAAAGAGUCAGAACUAUCUAUUCUUUGCACAAAGUUUCCACUGCAAGAGGAGGAGGUGAUGCAGGUGCCACCUCCACCCUGCACUUGCUCCUCAGAACCAGGGAUAAACUGCAUUUGUAAAAGGCACUGUUCUUAGCAAUUUCUGGACAUUCAACAAUGCGGGGGGUGGCCACUGGUCAGAGGCAGGACAGCAGCCAAGAUGGGGAGAGAAACGGGGAGAGAAAGAAACAAUUCUAACUGACUCCUAUAUGCAGCCAGUUGGAAUCAUGCCUAAAGCUUUGGGUCUGAAGGGGCCCCCAACACACCACCUGCCUUGGGAAACAGCGAGGACGGUGCAGAGCUUUAUUGAGACUCCAGUGGCCCAUCCAGUUCAUCUCCAGGCACCCCCAAAAACAGCAAAUUACACAAGACCCCCCCCCCAAAAUGAACACCAUUUUCCACACAUACACACACACAUAAAGUUUGUUUCCUGUGGCAUUUAAAUUAAUCUGGUUGGUCCAUAGAAAAUAAGUAUGUAUAUUUGGUUUUU